AUGGGCGUGCAGGGCCUCUGGAAGCUUUUGGCGCCCUGCGGGCGGCGCAUCUCCGUGGAGACGCUCGAGCACACGACGCUGGCCAUCGACGUGUCCAUCUGGCUGACGCAGUUCGUCAAGGCCAUGCGCGACGACGAGGGGCGGCCCAUCCGCAACGCGCACCUCAUCGGCACGCUGCGGCGCGUCGCGAAGCUGCUCUACCACGGCGUGCGGCCCGUCUUCGUCUUCGACGGCGGCGUGCCCGUCGUGAAGGCGCGAUUGAUCCGCCAGCGGCAGAUGCGGCGCGAGAAGAACCGGGACGACCGCGAGGCCGCGAGCCUCCGGCGCGAGAUGAGCAGGAGCUCGCGCGACGCGGACUCGGUCACGGAGGACAUGCGCGAGGACACGAUGCACCUGCUCCGCCUCCUCGGCGUGCCCUACGUCGUCGCGCCGAUGGAGGCCGAGGCGCAGUGCGCGGCGCUCGAGGCCGCGGGGCUCUGCGAGGGCGUCGUCACCGACGACUCCGACGCGUUCUGCUUCGGCGCGCGGCGCGUCUACAAGAACAUCUUCGACGACCGGAAAUACGUCGAGGCCUACUACGCCUCCGACUGCGCGCGGGACCUGCGGCUGGGCCGCGACGAGUUCUGCGCGCUGGCGCUGCUGCUGGGCGGCGACUACGACAACGGCGUCGCCGGGGUGGGCGUCGUCAACGCCAUGGAGGUGCUCCAGGCCUUC